AACCUCCCUGGGUAUUUCAAGAACCAGUUUGCAACGCAUUUCCUUCCGCAACAAGAUUCAAUGCUUCGUAUAUAAUUGAUCCACGAUCGACAAUGUCCCCAAAAAAAGGUUUUUUUUUUUGGCGCUCUUUCGUCUUGUUUGAAUAACUAAAGCGAAUUUUUGCAAUCUCCUUGCCGCCAUCUUUCUUCCGUUCCCUUCUCGGCAUGGCGGCUCAACAACAGAAGCGCCAGAAGAUGGCGGAGGAGCAGGAGGAAAUUGAAGAAAUGCAGCAUGGACCUUUCCCCAUCGAGCAGCUCCAGCUCAACUAUUUUCUUGUACAAGGUAUCUGGGAUAGCUGCAAUUGACAUUAAAAAGCUCAGAGAUGCUGGUCUCUGCACGGUGGAAGCUAUUGCAUAUUCACCAAGGAAAGAACUCUUGCAAAUUAAAGGAAUUAGUGAGGCAAAAGUUGAUAAAAUUAUUGAAGCAGCUUCAAAGCUUGUUCCUUUAGGAUUCACAAGUGCUAGCCAGCUUCAUGCUCAGCGGCUUGAAAUCAUUCAAAUCACAUCUGGGUCAAAGGAACUUGAUAAGAUAUUGGAUGGUGGGAUUGAAACCGGCUCGAUCACCGAGUUAUAUGGUGAAUUUCGCUGUGGAAAGACUCAGCUAUGUCAUACUCUUUGUGUAACUUGUCAGCUUCCAUUGGAUCAAGGUGGUGGUGAAGGUAAGGCUAUGUAUAUUGAUGCAGAGGGCACAUUCAGGCCACAAAGACUCCUUGAUAUUGCUGACAGGUUUGGAUUGAACGGUGCUGAUGUUCUGGAAAAUGUAGCCUAUGCUAGAGCGUAUAAUACUGAUCAUCAGUCAAGGCUCUUGCUGGAAGCAGCUUCAAUGAUGGUUGAAACCAGGUUUGCCCUGAUGGUAGUGGACAGUGCUACAGCUCUUUACAGGACAGAUUUCUCCGGAAGGGGAGAAUUAUCUGCAAGGCAGAUGCACUUGGCAAAGUUCCUCAGGAGCCUUCAAAAGAUAGCAGAUGAGUUUGGCGUUGCUGUGGUCAUCACCAAUCAAGUUGUUGCACAAGUAGAUGGAUCAGCUCUCUUUGCAGGCCCACAGAUAAAGCCUAUUGGUGGAAAUAUAAUGGCACAUUCUUCUACGACAAGACUUGCUCUUCGCAAGGGAAGGGGAGAAGAACGCAUUUGUAAGGUGAUAAGUUCUCCAUGCUUAGCUGAAGCUGAAGCACGAUUCCAGAUCUCUUCAGAAGGUGUUACAGAUGUCAAGGACUGAUCAGAAUACCUCUAUCUCCAUUAUCAUGACACCGCAAUUUGUGCAAGCAUAUCUAUUCCGAGCCUGUUAUCCGGUUGCUAUAGCUUCUUCACGUACCUCCAAUCUUUUCAUCAGUUUUGAGAAAGCCUACAAAAUCUAGAAGUUUGAUUCCCACUCUUCUAAGGUUUUGUUUGGGACGGCUUUCUUCCUGCUUUUUAAAGCUGUUUUUUUUAGUAUUAAGAAAGCCACUUUAAGAAGCAGGAAGAAAGCCGUCCCAAACGAUGCCUAAAUUGAUGGGGAGAAGCAGCGGCGACCACAUGUAUUUUGAUUUUUUCCAAGUGUUAUCAAAUUGCACUACCUGAUUGUGACCUUUUUUUAAAAUGGAAUUUUCGUAUCUUUAUGAUUA